UUUGUUGUCUUAACAUUGAGGUUAUGUUAUUGUUGAAACGUUCACGUUUUCUCUUUAGAUAUACAGUUUAUGAACUGAAAUUGUACUUAUUAUGAAUGAUCUAAACUUGAGAGUUAGCGGAGGGAUAGGCGAAAAGGUCAAAAAACCCGCUGCGCCGUUAUCUAUUCCUUAUUGGAACACUGGUGUUCCUAGUGAAUUUUUCAAUAACUUCUUAAAUUGCAACAGUGCCGAUAACCAGUUAAAGAUACUAAAGCAGUAUCUAAGCAGCCAUGGAGAUGAGUUUGACCAGGAAACAGUCAAAUUUCUUGUCUUGCUUUUCUGGCAUGCAGAUGCUAAACAUCCUGUUAAGGGGUUCUUAAAAAAGCAUAUAACUGACUCCAGAACACUCCGCCAACCGUUCACUGAAACCUUAACUUCAAUAAUUAUCGCAGAGACUGACAACUUAACUACCCUCCCAUAUGAGGGUUACAUAGAUACCAUAACUCGGCUGGAUGCCGCUGUAGAUAAGUUUCAACCUGGUGCUGAAGCUGUGAGUCAAUUAGAGAUUGCUGUUACUGCUUACUAUGUAAGGUGUUUGGAGACCUGUGUGGAAACACUCAAGUUACACAAUAAUACUGCAGGAGAAAAUGUUGGCGCCGAAGUAAAAUCGGAGCCUCUCGCUCCCACAGAAAUAAACAAAAUAUAUGACCUAGUCCACCUAACUUUAAGACUUCUCCUGUACAUGAUACAGAAAGUGACAGACGAAAACAGAAGCAAACUGAGCUCUAUGUUCCAAAGGAUAAGGACCAUUAUUUUUGCACUGAUGUUGGGCAAAGAAGUGCCCAUGGAUACGAAGUCUGUGAGUGGGAUAAUAUAUUUGACAUUGCAUUUAUUUGAGAAUGGAUCUAGCUCUUGGAUUACGGAAUUAGAGGAAGAUCGUAGUGCAGAAAACGGUACAGUCAAUCUAUCAAUCUACUCCGCCGUGGCAACAGUUGUGCCUCCGUCUGAGCUGGCCGUCGUAAAGGUCAAAGGUCAGCUAGCUGUGCUAGAUCUGACUGAAAAGAUCCUGACCCUAGGAGACAGGUACUCAUCUGACCCCAGCCACACCCUAGCCGUAGCGCGCACCCUACUCUCAAUCGGCCGGAGUCUAGACGCGGGCGCGGCGCUGGCGGCGCUGCUGGCGCGCUGGUGCUGGGCGCACGCGGAGCACCACAUGGACAGCGUGCGGCAUCUGGCCGCGCAGCUCACGGCGCGGGUUGUAGCCGCUGCUGUACAGUUACAGAAGGAAGGCAAUCCUUCAACCCUAGAACACCUCUUCGCAUCGCUCUCUACAGUGGACAGUUCCCGCAAAACCUUCUACGUGGUUCUAACGGCGCUGACGGAGGCCCUGGGGGCUGCGGUGCUGGCCCGGCGGCCGGGCGUCAUCCGUGACGUCAUACACGCGCUGAACACUCAGGCGGUGCAGGCUUGCGCCACAACAUUCCUCGAAACCCUUCUAAAGAAGCACAUGCAACAAGCAGACCCUGAGACCAUCUACCGACAGUGGAUCGUCGUGAUCUUGGAAACGGUCAAGUGCGAGUCGGACCCGGCGGUGCUUGGUAUACUGGAGAAAAUCCUGACUAAAGCGGUGCAGUGGGAUAGCGGGGUGCUACGAUAUAUCUUGCCCGAGCAGCGCGCACUAAGCUCAUACCAGGGCACCGAUCUAAAAUGCAUCUUAUUAGUACUGGGCGUAGUUCGAAAAUCCGGUGUCGCGUACAAGGGAGUUACGUUCGACGACCUCAGACACUGCGCCUAUGAUGCUGAUGACGAGACCCGUGUGUUAAGUAUCUCACUAGUGUCGGAGUGUCCUCGCUCAACACAGCCUUUAACGGAGGACGAGCUAACCUUCGUACUGCAUUUCCUGCAGUACAAUAUCAACGCGCAGUCCCCGAGCUUCAGGCAACUGGUGCUGGCUAAUAUGAAGAAGAUAUUAAAACGUCUCGAAGACAGCUACAAAGUGCUAAAGAGAAAACCGAAAGAACACUCAAAAGAAAUAGCCUACUACCUACAUUUUAUAUCGGAACUUCGAGCUUCAUGCUUCGCCAGUCUAUCGACAGGUGGCGCUAGCUACGGACGGCGUUAUAUCGCGCUCCAGCUACUUAGCUGGCUGGGACAUCUACAUCUUGCAGAAGAUAGGACGUGGACGGAGGAGCGAGCUGAAAUAUUGUACAAUCUUCUCGAAGAUAGUUAUGAGAACAAUAAAGUUCUCGCCCUAGAGGUGCUAAAGAAUUGCCCAGCGGAGUUGAUAAAGCCAGUACAGUCACCAGACUACGUCGCGGACGCGAUAGCUCAAGCCUCAUCGGUGCGGCCGACGGACUGCGUGGCCGCCUCUUACAAACUGUUGCUAAUGCUGUCUUUGCCAGCGGAAUUUCAACCUUAUUACAAAGAUCAUGACGUGCCCUCGCCGGCAUGUUUCGGCCUCCUGCACAAGAUUCUAAGCGUGUUGAGAGAGCAAUGUGCUAGAGCGAAGGACAUACUCCGCGCGGCCCGCGACGCGCCCAUGUACGGGCUCGUACACUGCCUCGCGAGGCUUAUAGGUGGCCUCGACGCUAGUGCCAUAGCCAACAACGGCUGGUGGUCUGCCCUGAUCGCAGACAUCGUCACUACAUGUGAGAGCGUCAACAGCCGCGUGGCGGGCGUGGUGACGGCCGCCAGCCCCGAGGGUCUGCUGCCCGGAGACACGAGCUCCGACACCAGCGGCCAACAACGGCCGGUGGUCUGCCCUGAUCGCAGACAUCGUCACCACAUUUGUGAGAGCGUCGACAGCCGCGUGUCGGGCGUGGUGACGGCCGCCAGCCCCGAGGGUCUGCUGCCCGGAGACACCAGCUCCGAUACCAGCGGGUACACCUUACAGAUAUACUUAGAGAAGCUACAACAACUACGUUCCCAGUGCCAUAGCCAACAACGGCCGGUGCCGCGUGUCGGGCGUGGUGACGGCCGCCAGCCCCGAGGGUCUGUUGCCCGGAGACACCAGCUCCGACACCAGCGGGUACACCUUACAGAUAUACUUAGAGGAGCUACAACAACUACAUUCGUUCCCAGUGCCAUAGCCAACAACGGCCGGUGGUCUGCCCUGGUCGCAGACAUCGUCACCACAUUUGAGAGCGUCGACAGCCGCGUGUCGGGCGUGGUGACGGCCGCCAGCCCCGAGGGUCUGUUGCCCGGAGACACCAGCUCCGACACCAGCGGCGGCGCGCGGCUGGAAGACGGGCGCGCGGUGACGGCGCAAAUGCUGCUGCUGUGCGCCUGGCGGUCUGUCAAAGAGACGUCUCUCCUCCUUGGCUCCAUCGUGUCUCGCUUGUGUCUCGAGGGCGAAGCCCUCUCGUGGACGCUGAGCGCGAAGCAAGUUGAAGAUAUCGGCGAACAUCUCAUCAUGCUUCUGUCCACGGUGAAGCACCGAGGGGCUUUUGAACAGGCUUAUGUUGGCUUCACACUACUCCUGGGUAGAUUAUGGAAAUGCAAAAGCGCCCUGCACCAGCUGCCUUUACAGUGGUUCUCAUCUAUAGAGCGCGGCUUCGUGAUACCCGCCGACGGUUCCACCGAGUACUGCGCGACCCGACGCGGGGCCGGUCUGCCCUUCAUGAUUCAGGCGUUGGUAACAACAGAGCUAGCAGCGGAGUCCACCGCACCUCGCGGCCGCUUACUUCAUCGCUGCCUCGCCCUCUGCCUCGCCGUGGCUCGCGACCCUCCCGGCCCCGCCGACGCGGCGCGCGCGCAUCUAGUACUACGGGCUCUAUACAGACACACCACACCGCCGGCGGCACACACGGCCGACGCCAUCAUGGUGGCGGUGCGAGGGUUCGAGGCCGACACGUGGACAGAGCGAAACUCAUCGACUCUCCUGUUCAGCGCACUGACAGUCCGCGUGUUUGGCGUAGCACGUUCGAGCGGGCACAAGCUAUCCGCGCGUAACACUAUGACGGGCCGGAUUUUCUUCCUGCGUUACCCGCAGCUCUACGACUUUCUACUGGAUCAAUUAAAAUCGGUGUCACCGGAGUCGACACUGCGGCCGUCCUUGUUCCCUACGUUAUUACUGCUGGCCCGUCUCUAUCCCUCCGCGCUCGAGGGAACUGUGUCCAAUUUGAAGCUGGAGCGCUUCCUCCCGCACCUGGUGGCGCUGGGCGGCGCGCGCGACGCCGCCCCGCGCCGCCUCGCCGCGCGCGCAGCCGCGCCGCUCGUGGCUCCACACAAAUGUGUAGCUCACAUGCAGUCAUUGCUCGCGACACUCGCCGAUCCGAAGAUCAAAAGGAAUCUCUGCCACGGACUUCUUUGUCAGUUGACUGUCCUAAUGGAGCUUAAACCCGAUGUGACGAUCGACGAAGACUUCAGACCCGCGCUCCUAACAGCUAUUCGUGGAACGUUCUGGAUUCCCAAACACUUGGCGGGCGACGCGCCAUGCUUUUUAGUGGCUGACGAAUGGCUCAAGUUUAUCAACUUGGUCCUGCUAAGGUUCCCAAACCUUCUAGACGACGACCUCCCAUCAAUGUCAUCUCUUCUCGAAACCAUCAUAUUCAGCCCCACACCCACCGUCACCAGCGGCCGAGAAGCCUUCCUUACCAACGCCACACACCUGUCCCUUAUCAUCACCACUACACCCGCCUCACUGACCAAACGGUGCCUCCAACAUACCGACUACGAAGUCAACUUAGCCGCACUCAACUACCUACUCACCCUACAUGGCUAUAAAGAAGAUUCCUGCCCAUUUUUAGACCACUUAUCUAUCAUUUUAAAUAAAGGAACUCUAAAGGAGUUAAAGUGUGAUAGAAAUUACGUUAAAAUUCUGUGUGAAGUCACGAAAAAUGGAUAUUUAGAGUGUAAACAGAAAGCGUUAAGAGUACUAGCGUUAACUAAAGACACGCAAAGAGAAAUAGUAAAGCUAAAGCUAGGGAAUAACGUACAGUUAACUGAUAAAACUGUGAUAUUGCAGUUGAUAGAUUCCAUUAGAAAUGGUCAUGCGAGUUUGAGCUCUAUUUACUUGCUCAGUUUGUUGAGUUUCGUAUCAAAGCCGGUUUUGGAGGUAGUGAGAGUGUUAUAUGAGUGUAGCUCGGCAGGGAACGAGGAGAACACUAGAGAAAUAGUGGUGGGGUAUUUGGAGAAGCAUUUGAAAACGCUAAUGGAGGUAUCAAGUGGGAACAGAGCGAAGAUAUUCGAGUGGUCCGGCCUGCUGUUUGCCACGGCGGCCAUAUUGUUGGAAGAUGAUUCGCCUGCCGUGCGGCAACGCGCCGCCAACGCCGUACUCACAGCCCUACACAAUACAGAUGGAUGCCAGCACUCGAUAUCCACAUUAGCAUCGCAACAGUGGCGCAGUGCCGCGGCAGUCAGAAGCGAUGGACCGGCGUUGCUGCUGGUGCUGGCCGCUCUGGACUUCUGCGCUGAAGUUGACACCGGAGACGAACUUGGGGAAGAGUGUCGGGUCUUCGAUCAAAACGAAACUCACAACGUGUAUCUCGAGGAGUUUGUAUGGAGCAGAGACUGCGCUCACGAGCUAAAGCGGAUAUACAGACAAACAGACACCAACGCCACAAUAGAAGAAUACCUACAGGGUCUUCUAACAAAUCCAGACUACAAGGAAACUGUAAGGAAACUCUGUAUAGAUAAUGUAGCUGAUAUUUUGACGGGUCGAAUGAAGACGAAUAAUCCUAAGAUUAACUUAUUUCUAAAGAUUUUAUAUGAAUAAAAUAUAAGAAACGGUAA